AAUCAUGAAGGUGUUCGUGCUUCUCGCUCUCCUCUCCGUUUGCAAUGCCAACAUCUUGUGGCAGGAGCCGCCCAAGACCAACCUGGAGAUGGUGAAAGAUGCUUUCUGGGACUAUGCUGCCAAGGCGACGCUCACCGCCGAGGACUCCAUGAGGCAGAUCAGAGAGUCUGAGCUCGGACAGGAAGUCAAUGCUAAGAUCUCUCAGAGCGCCGACACCGUGAACCAGUACAUCGUCGCCCUUCGCACUCAGGGUGCUCCUGCCGCUCAGGACUUCAUGAACCAGUUCACCCAGCAGGCCGAGCAGCUGAAGCUCCGUCUGGAGACAGACCUGGCCGCUGUGGGCACCAACAUGCAGCCCUACGCCGACGACAUGCUGACCAAACUGCAGACCAAGCUGGAGGAGCUGAAGAAGGAGGCCACCCCCUACGCUGAGGGCAUGGACGCCGACGCCCUGAAGGCCGUCCUGCUGCAGAAGAGCCAGGAGCUGAAGGCACAGCUGGACCAGAGCGUGAACCAGCUGCAGACCCAGAUGGGUCCCAUUACUGAGGAGAUGAAGCAGAAGAUGGAGCAGAGCAUGGAGGAGUUUCAGCAGCGCAUGACGCCCCUGGUCCAGAGCUUCGAGACCCAGCUGGCCCAGAAGACCCAGGAGAUCCAGCAGAGGCUGGUUCCGUACGGGGAGGAGCUGAAGGCCAAGCUGGAUGCCAGCGCUGAGGACGUCAAGGCUCAGCUCACUGCUCUGUGGGAGUCCUUCUCCAAGAUGUCCCAGUAAACGGACUUCAUCACCACUCUGCU